CUCAACAUUACAUUUAGUCAGAGAAACCGUCGAUGAAAGUUUAUUUGAGAAGAUCGAAAAGCUUCUUAGAAUAAGAAAUAAAUUGAUAUUAAACAAAUCGAUAACCUCGAAAUUGGAGGCAAUUUUUCAAACGGACUAUGUGGAAAUUAGUUUGAAGAUAAUAACCGAAACUGAGGUUGAAAAAAAUAUAAAAGCGAGUGAGGAAUCACAGUUUCUCUUUUUUAUCCAGCACACCCUCCUAGAUUUCAUCACGAUGCAUGAAUAUAAGUUGCCUAAAGUGUUAGCUCAAGAUAUGUCAAAAAGGUCAUAUAUUGUAGAAUGCCUUUCACCCAUACUUCGAUCUUUUAGGAAUGCAUUUCCUGAAAUUAGAUAUGAGUGGAUUAAAAAAGAUGUCAAAUCCAUAAGGGAUGCUUGCAAUAUGUUUGCAAUUAACAUAAGGAUUCAGAAAACUGAUUUGUUAGUUCUGAGACUAUCAGAUGCAACUGAAAUUUUACAUAUUGAAGUAUCUGGACCACUUUACAAACCGGAAAAGAAACAUAUAGUUGGAGAUGUAAAAAAAUUACUCAUAAUGGCUGUUUGUAAUUUAUGCAGAAUAUUGGUGAACAAUUUUGAUUGUCCUAUUGAAAUUGCUAAGAAAGUCAGAUUGUAUUGUAUACAGGCAAUUGGGGAUAAAUUAAUAUUAUUUGUCAUAUCACUUGUUGACAAGAAAAAAUAUUUGGCUAUCGAAUUGGCUUUAUGUAUAAUUCCCUUUUUGCUUAAAACCAUUGAAUGCUACACAAGAAUCUUUAAUUUUUUUAAAAUUAUAAGGAAUGAGUUUAUAGAACAAGAAAAACUUCUAGAAAAAAUUUAUUCUUUUGUGCCUUUGAUCAAUGAUAAUACCAGUGACUUAUGA